AAAAACAUAGACAGUAUUUUAAGGCGCUGUUGGAAAAAUUAAGUGUGCAUAACAGGCGCACCACUGAAGAGCUCGGUCUCAAACAACACAGAUAGCCAUCCAGUGUGUUUAGAUCAGAUCGAUUCGAUAUUCAACUUUGCCACCAAUCAUUCGUCACUUGAGUAACAGGUGUUCUAGAUAUAUUGAUCCACGUAGUUUCAAAACACCCUGUUGUACUGUUGUACACUCGCAACCUACGUCUCCAUGCCUAACUUAGAUAUUACUCACCAUAUUCUACCACUUGAUACAGGAGACAGAAAGCAGACAUUUGUGAUCAAAGACGGCUAGUCUUUUCAAUGACUACAUCUCACAGUUAUAAAGAAGGACAGAUGUUGAAAUUGCUACGCUAUACACACACACACACACACAAACACGUCUUUUGUUGACUAGCAAUUGUUGGAAAAAUAAAAUGAAAUUGUUUACAAUUAAUUUAAAUUUUAAUCACAUGUCAGUGAUGAGUUGAUUCACUUUAGUGUGAUCAUGUGAUUCUGUGAGUACUUUAAAUGCCUAGUAAAGAAGAGAUCAUUGAGUCAACAAUAAAAGUAGCAAUAACAAUAAUACCGCCACCCCCUACCAGGCUGAUGGUAUGAUUUAAUCUAAUUAAGCACGAAAAUAAAAAAAAAACACAAAUAAACGACAUACUUUUACUCCACGUGGAGCUCUACAUUCCAGCAUCAUCACCAUCAUCAUUAUCUCUUACGUGUUACUCUGUGAUUUGAAAGAAAAGUCAAGUAAGGUGGUUAUGUCUCACUGUGCUUGUGUGAGUGUGUGUGUGUGCAUAAACAACUAUGUUUACCUGGGUGCCUACGACUACUUUAAGCCCCAACAUGUCAAUCCGACUCUACUACCACUAAUCAGGCACGCAUACAUGCACGCACGCACGCACGCACAGAAAUCCAAUUAGAAUCACACCGCAUUGAUUGAUUGAUCUGAUAGAUUCACUAUUCUGUCUGGUUGGCUUAUAUUCUAUGCUUCACAUGAAUUAUAUAACACCAUUAAACUACACUAUACUAAUUUUAUAUACGACACUUCACUGCACUGACUUGGCUUGGCUCAGCUCUGCUUAAUUAUUAAAAGUACUGAAAGAAACAUAAUAAUCCUUUGAGUAAUACUAUGCAUCCAGUUGAUAGAUUACCAAAUGAAUUAUUAUUAAAUAUAUUUCAAUAUUUAAAUGGUAAAGAUUUAAUCACAUGUACAUUAGUUAAUGAACGCUGGAAUUAUGUAAUCACUAGCGAUCAAUAUUUAUGGUUCCCAAUAUAUGAAAAAGAAAUGAAUAAUCAUUUGCUAUGGUUAAAUAGAGAUAUUAUAAAUCUACUAAAUUCAUACAACUUAUUAAAUGAACAGCCAACACAAGUUAGCGUGGAUGAAGCCGAAGAAAAUAAUCCUGAUAGGCAGCAGAAAAAGUAUCGAACAUUUAUUGAUUUCAUUACAGAGCUAUUAGAUAAUCCUGCUUGUCUAAUGAAACAUUUAUAUGAAUAUUAUAAUGAACAGGAAACCUUACAACAACAGCAACAACAACAAACUUCAAUUAUUCCGCCAUUUUCAAAAUUGAACAUUGAACCAAUUUGUUUAAAUUGUAUCCUAUUUGGUCCAGCUAUAGAUACGGUACAUUUAUCUAGUGGAUUACUACAAACUAUAUUAAAUUGGAUAGAUUUAAGUGUGAUAUUGAAUAGACCAACAGUCAAGGUGAAUGCAAAACAAAUGUCAACAUUUUGGGCUGGUAAAGGAUUUCUAUUACGGUUACCAACAACUUGUGAAGAUAGCAAUCAGAGCAGUAUACUGUUAAAUACAACAAUUCUACAUUCACGUAAACAUAUGGAACGUAUGAGAUAUUCUUAUGGUGGUAGUCGAUUAUUUGACAGUCUUUUAAUUGAAUCAGCCAAUGCUGUUGACACCGCCGGGGAACAAGUGAAUCUUACACAAAAUGCAAUGAAUUCAAUUAGUACAUCUGAAAUUGUCUUUUAUGCUAUUGAUAUACGUAAAGAGGAUAGUCGUGUGGCGCCUAAUUUAGAUGAUCCUAUUGAAUUGAUAAAUCCUUAUCAUUCUGAGAUAGAAAGAUGGAAUGAAAUACGCUUAGAAUUGAAUGCCUUAACGCAUUGUAUGAAUUCAGAACAAAUUUUACUUAUUCUCGGUAUUGGAGAUCAAAGUAACAAAGAGAAUAAUUACAAUCUUAUUGAAAUUGCUAGCAAUCUUGGUUGUGGUUAUCCGACAACAAUUGAAGUUGACGACAAUAACACUAGUGGAGGCGGUACAAGUUAUCAUGCAAACACGAUUAGACCAUUGGAUAAGCCGGGUUUAAACUGGAAACUUUGGUGUACAGCGUCCAAUGGAUCAGUAUAUACAAAUCUGGAGGAGAUUUUUCAUGGACAGCUAUGACACAGUUAAAAAAUCGUCUAGCAUUUCAACGUCAAAAGAUUCUUAAACAAAAUAGAAACUAUACAAGAUUGUAUAACUAAUCGUUGUCUGUAUAACAAAUUAAUAAAUCCCGUUAUUUGUAGA